AAUCGGCGGCGGCGGGGGCUGUCAUGGCGGCGGCGGCGGCGGCGGGGCGGGCGCGGCUGCUGCUGCUGCUGCUCCUCGGGGCGGCCGCGGGGCCCGCGCGGUCCUGGCGGCAGCCCGGCAGGGUCCUGCUGAGGGAGGUGCAGGCGCUCACUUUUCAUGGAGGGCAGUACACGACAUCCCGGCGGACAGCGGCCAUCCCGCAGUUACAGUGCACGGGAGGCACUGCUGGAUGCUCCCGUGUCCCCGACGUUGUUCAGUGUUACAACAAAGGCUGGGAUGGCUACGAUGUACAGUGGCAGUGCAAAGCAGACUUGGAGAAAGCCUACAGGUUUGGACGGAUUGAAGUGAGCUGUGAAGGCUACGAUUAUCCAGAUGAUCCUUACAUCUUGAGAGGCUCCUGUAGUUUGCUGUUCAGGCUAGAGCUGACUGAGGAAGGUGAAAGGAGAAUGAAGAACUCAGGAAGCUUUGGCUCUGGCUAUUAUCAGUCAACAAAGGAUUCUUCUGGUUGUGGAACAGGAGCGAUUAUUUUAAUCAUUAUUCUGGUUCUUGCUUUUGGAGUACAAAAGCUGUUCCCUGGUAACCAGCAGCUUCAGGAGACUUUAUGUGGCAGUGACGGAUCUCUGGGGCCUUCCUGGCAGAGUCAACAGGCACCUCCUCCUCCUGGUUUUAAAUCCAGCUUCACAGGUGACAGCUUUGGGACUCAUUCCAGUCAAGGAACCAGUUCAGGGCCAGGAUUUUGGACUGGAUUAGGAGCAGGAGGCUUGCUGGGCUACUUGGCUGGCAGUCACAGAGCACAGCCACGUUCCCAAUAUUACGGUAUGUGGACAGAUCCUACAGCUGCACCUCCAAUGAAUGGACAGUCGAGCAAUUCCACUCAAAGUGACAGUUCAGGAACAAGAACUGCUUCUGGCUUUGGGGGCACCAAACGAAGAUGAAAUCCUUAAUGUUACAACAUCUGAAUGAUUGAGCAAAAUCUUCCUGUUUGCUAGUGCUUUUUAUUUGUUAGGUAGUAGGCUUCAGAAGUGGAUAUGAGAAGAAGUGUGAAGGACUAGGCAGAGAAUUCCCCUCUUUCCCUGUGGAAAUAUGGACUCUCACGCUUGUUCAGAGUAUCACAGGUGCUUGAACAUCCACUAUUUCAAAACAGCAGCUUCUCAAGAUACAAAAUAAACCCAUCAUAAGAAAAACGAUGUUACGGUGCCUAUAUAUCUCUCUAUACUUGAGGGAUUAUGGCAAUAAUAGUAGCCUCAACAGCUUUUCAAAACAAGUAACUUACUCAUGUUCUGAGCUUGAGUGCAUUUAAUCCAUCUUUUAUUAUUUUUUUUUCUUGGUGGAUCUGAAAGGCCUAUUGUGUAAUCCACCUGCUAUCUAAGGGGUGCUGCUCUUUAAAGCUACUUUGUUUGUCUUUGUGAGUUUCAUGUGAACAUUACUGUAACUGCAGUCUGCUACUCAGGUAAGUGUUGGGUUUUUUCCUUAGUGGAAAAAAACAAGACUAUGUAUAGAGAGACUAACAUUACAUUAAUGUUUGUAUCUGUGCUGUGUGAAUAUUGGAGCUGAAUUUACAGAUUCAAGGAUAGUCCAUGGUUUAGGGCUUACCCAAGUGGCUGUGCAAACCUGUGGGAUUUUGUGUAUAAAUUAUGGGAAAAAAAGAUAACCCAAAAUGAGACAACAGAGUCCUUCUCUAAUUUGCACCUUUUUCUGGAAGACAGGUCAUUUAAAUUCAGGUGUCUACAGACAUUUUGCCCACAUUGAGGCUCCAGACUUUUCUUUUUAUGGUGGACGUAAGCAAUGCUGUGAAAACUUCUGCUGUGAACAGUCUCUCCUGCUAGGUGACCUGUCCAGGACAAUAAACCAAAAAGCUGGGUAGUAUCUCUAGAAAAUAGCAGGCCUUCAGACUAAGCAAGGAAGGAAAUGCCUAAUGGGAUGUAAACUUUCCCAAAUGUACUUUUUAAAAACAAAGUGCUGUCAAAGAGUGGGAAACGGAGAGGUCUUCAUUCUGUAGUGAUAUUUUGGGGCUCUGAAAAGUGUUGUGUAAUUCUUGUGUGAUUGACUGUACCCUGGGAGAGGCAUUGUAGAAAAAAAAAAAAAAGAAAUUUCUCAGGAUUGCCAGGGGAGGAAUUGGCUGCUUGACUGGGUCUUCUCAAGAAGCCAUCCUGGUACAGCUUAGAAGUGUGUGUGCACACAGCUUUUCUAUGCUGGCAGCAGUCUGAGAAGCAUAGCUUUCAUCCUUGUGAAAAUACUGUGUCCAGGAAUCGAUGUAAACUAUUAUAGGAAAAAGAAAGCACCAUUCAGUGGGUACAAGCUGCAUCUCUUCGAGGAGAUGCAGCAGGUGUGGUUAGUCUAGCAAUGUGCCUUCAGUGUUAGUCAUCAAAAAGCAACUAUGUCCAUUCCUGAGUACAGAAAUAGUAGGUUAAAAUGGUAAUGCCUGAGUUCAAUAUCUGGUUUAAGCAGCAACAACAAAAAACAUAGGAAUCUUAAGGAAGUCAACAGAAGCUACAAAAAGUGUAGAGCUUGUGCUGAAAAUGUGAAAAUCUUCAUAAAAUUGCUAACUUGAGAAUAAAGUAGUGGUUUCUGCUCAGAGCUGCUUGAGGAUUGGCAGAAAAUAUCUUCAUUAACAGCCUGUUCUAUUAACCUAGAAAGCAGGGAUAUGCCAGACACCUAACUGUUGGGCUAUUCAAAAGUUCUGCCUUUUAUGAGCAGAAUUUAUGACAUCUUAUUCAUCAAAUAGAAGAAAAAAAAAUAUUUUAAAUGGGGAGUUUUUACUUACUUCUAAGUGUAUUCGGAUUGAAAUUUGUCACCCUCAGUACUCUUUGCCAACUAAUUCCAUAACAAUGAAACUGGAUUUUUGCUAACUGGGUACUUUCAAGCUGAAGUUUGCUCUCAAAUUGUGAUGUGAGAUGUUUUAGAUUAUGUUUUCAUUUGUAUUCAUAGUUUUUGCAUGAAACGUAGCCUGCUGCAUGAACUGGACAAAUUAUCAUAGUUUCUGAAUCUGUUUGUAGAAUAUUCUUACCUUUCCCUUUGAUAAAGUAAUGAAAUAAGUGAAUAA